GUAUUACAUGCAGCGCUGGUCCUGUUGCGGAGGACAUGUUCCACUGGCAAGCAACAAUUAUGGGUCCUGCGAGCAGUCCUUAUGCUGGCGGCGUUUUUCUGGUUACCAUCCAUUUUCCUUCGGAUUAUCCAUUCAAGCCGCCCAAGGUGGCAUUCAGAACAAAGGUCUUCCACCCAAAUAUCAAUAGCAAUGGAAGCAUAUGUCUUGACAUCUUGA